AUGCCUUCCCCAAAAGCGCACGCUGAGCUCAUAAGAGCCACCUAUGCCGGGGCGAAUCUCAGUUUCGACCAGACUGCUUAUUUUGAAGCUCACGGCACUGGCACACAAAUUGGAGACCCUUACGAGCUCUCUGCAAUUGGUAGUACCUUUGGAGUCAGUCGGCAACCGGAAAAUCCCAUAUAUGUGGGUAGCGUGAAGAGUAACAUCGGACAUUUGGAGGGCUGCGCUGGACUCGCUGGCCUUAUCAAGGCAGUACUAGUGGUGGAAAAGGGGGUAAUACCUCCUAUCGCCGAAUUCGAGAAGGCAAAUCCCAAAUUGAAACUCGAGGAGUGGCGUGUCGCUCUCCCUACAACAGCGACCCCGUGGCCAACAACGGGUGUUCGGCGGGCAUCCGUGAACUCUUUCGGUUAUGGCGGUGCCAAUGCACAUGUCAUUGUUGACGAUGCUCUCCACUACUUAAGGGAGCACGGCCUAGUUGGAAAUCACUGCACUGAGGUGGUCGGUGGUGAAGUUGCAGAUGACAGCGGUUUCAACUCAGCGAGUUCCCCUGAAAGCGAAGAUCUAGACUUAGCCCAACCUGUUCACAGGCUGCUGGUGUUAUCUACUUCUGACCAGACCGGGUUGACAAGAAUGGCAUAUGCGUAUUCGACGUUUCUCACUCGACAACUGGAAGAGCAGAAACAAUUGAGUUGCGAGAAAAGCUCGAAUUGGCCACUGUACUUGUCGAAUCUCGCAUUCACACUGAACUCUCGGAGGUCAGCUCUCGACCAUAGAACUUUUAUUGUCAGCAAGACAGUCAGUGAGCUGAGCACACAACUGCAGCAGCCACUCCCCAAACUGCGCCGAGUGGCAAAGAACAAUAAUAUGUUCUUCGUCUUCACAGGUCAGGGAGCUCAAUGGCCCAGUAUGGGCCGUGAGCUGUACAAAAUUCCUAUCUACCGCCAGAGUCUGGCAAGAUCGCAAUCCGAGUUGGAGAAGAUCGGCUGCGAAUGGUCUCUGGCCACUGAACUUCACGCCACCAAAGAUAAAAGCCGUAUCGAUGGACCGGAAUUCAGUCAGCCACUUUGUACGGCGCUGCAAAUUGCGCUGGUCGAUCUCUUGCGCUCAUGGGGAAUUACACCACGAGCUGUAGUUGGCCAUUCGAGUGGCGAGAUUGCAGCUGCCUAUUCUGUUGGCUAUCUUACACAUGAAGCUGCUGUGCAGAUCUCAUAUUCUCGUGGCAUGCUCUCUGCGGAUGUAAACCGACGACAACCGCAUGUCAAGGGUACCAUGAUGGCAGUUGGUCUUGGAGAAAAGGUAGUUCUCCCGUACCUGGAAAAGGUCAAACCGGACAGCGUCUCUAUUGCCUGCAUAAACGCCCCUUCAAGCGUUACAUUGUCCGGUGACGUGGAAUCGAUUGAUGCACUCGAGCAGAUAUUCAAAGAUGAGAGUAUUUUUGCUCGUAAGCUUCGCGUCCAAGUUGCGUACCACUCUCCACAUAUGAAAGUGAUCGCAGCAGACUAUCUGGAGUCGAUGAGCCAUAUCGACAUGGCAGGUACACCCACAGGCACCAUGUUUUCCUCAGUAACAGGAGCAAUUAUGUCGCAGGAGAAUAUAAAUGCAGAGUACUGGGUGAAAAAUAUGCUCAACACUGUCAGAUUCUACGACGCAGUCAAAGCAUUGGUCACCGAGCCAGCAGUCACAAAAGGACGACGCAAGGUCGCUGUAGCCUAUUCAGCAAUGGUCGAGUGCGGUCCUGCAGACGCAUUGAAAGGUCCUUUGAACCAAGUCUUAACAGCGGUUGAAGAGAAAUUGGUCACCUCUGUGCCAUACGUCUCUAUGCUGUCAAGAAACCAGGAUGCGGAGCAAACUGCUAUGCAAGCCGCAGGAAGACUUUGGGCCCAUGGACUGCCAGUUGAUCUCAUAGCUGUCAACUUUGGGACUAAACUGCAAGUAUCAUCCAAGCCCCAGCAGAUUCUUGCCGACCUCCCACCAUAUCCAUGGAACCACUCCAAGGUAUAUUUCCAUGAGAGUGCCUGGGGUAAGAACUAUCGACACAGGUCCAAACCCAGAACAGACUUGUUAGGGAUGCGACUCCGGAAUGAAGACCCCACUGAGCCUCGAUGGCAUAAUUAUAUUCGACUGUCAGAGCAACCGUGGAUGAAUGACCACAAAGUUCAGCAAAUGGUUCUCUACCCUGGCGCUGCAAUGGUGACUAUGGCCAUUGAAGCAGCACGUGAGCUUUUGGACGCGGACAGAGUCUUCAAGGGAAUGGAAGCUCGCGAUGUGACUUUCAAGAGGCCACUGCUCAUACACGGAGGCGAAGGUUCCGUUGAAACAUCAAUCCAUCUUCGCCCUUGCGAGUCAACCAGCUCUAACCAGACCUCUUACAGCUUCAAAGUCUUUUCUCAGGCUGGUGUAGAGCCGUGGUCUGAAAAUUGCACUGGUUGCAUUACCAUUCAUUAUGUUGGUAGUGAUGACGAAAGACACUUGGAGAGCCUCGACUGGCAAGGUGACGCCAGCCUCUAUGCGGAAAUUCGCCAGAGGGCUACAAAGAAACUGGCAGCAGCAGCUUUUUACAAACUUUUCGAUAGAAAAAUGAACCUUCAGUAUGGUCCGUUGCAUCGCAACGUCACCAGCUGUACCGCGGGCAUUGGUGAUGGUCAUGGGGAAAUCACCGUGCCGGACACCAAAGCAGUCAUGCCUUCGCAAUUCGAAUAUCCACAUUUGAUUCAUCCUUCAACUCUUGACUCUGCAUUCCAUAUGCAAGCUCUAGGAUAUUUGCAUAGUCUCUCAGGCGACGAGUCGCUUGUGCCGAUUUCAAUUGAUAGCAUUUACGUGGAUGCCAGUCUCGACACAGUCCCGGGGACCAUUCUAAGAGGCUACGCUAAAGGCAACCAGAGGUCCUCCGGAGAUACCAUUGGGGACAUUGUUCUUUCGGAUGAAGCAUGGCAAUCGCCGAAGCUUGUUGUUCGUGGCUUUCUGUCAAGAGAUGUCUCAGCAAGCGCGCCUGUCAGUAGUGAAAACGACACUUCUGCUAGGAAAUGUACGCAAAUGCAGUGGGUCGAACUCGACAAAGAAGAGACUGCCAGCAUCUGUGAUAGUGCGAUCGAUAUGGAUGCUUCAGGCGACGGCAAAGAUGAGAAUGUAGAUAUCAGUCCAGCAGGGGAGCUUCAACCACCAGAAGACGUCAGCACCGAGUUGAUACCGGCACACAUCGAUCUAGAAACCGUGAUUUUGUUACACAGCGCUUCUGCUAGCGCAGAAUUACUGAAUGCGAUCGAGCGACUAUCAGCUGCACUGGUCGGGCCUAUUGUUGAGAUUGUCGUCUUGAAUCUCUUUGAAUAUGCCACAACAGAAACCACAGAUCUCAGCGGCAAGACGAUCAUCUCACUGCUUGAAGCCGAGUCAUCAAUCGUCUCUCACUGGAGUAGCUCGGAGUUUGCAGGAUUCCAAAAACUCACGUCACAGGCUGAGGCCAUUCUCUGGAUAACUCGAGCGGGCGAGGUUCUGGAGGAAGCAGACCUGCACUAUGCUACCACCACGGGCUUGCUGCGGACAGUCCGAGUCGAAAGGCCCCAAUUGAGACUAGCGCAGCUUGAUAUCUCUCCUUCUCUGUCAAUUGACUCCGUCUCAGCCACAGCUAUCAUUACGAAAGCAUUACUAGCCUCCCUGGUGCCAAGCACAGUCACAAUGGAGCAAGAAUUUGUAGAGACCGAUGGCAAGCUUCUUGUGCCUCGUCUCCAAACACACGCGAGCUUUCACGAUGAGCUGGGGCGCAACAACUCUGAAUCUUCAAGCCUCCUAAGUUUAGGCUCCAUUCCUGUGCCGGUUACUGCAAGAUCGACAUCGGAUACACGAUCUCUGAUAUGGGAGUCGACAGAAACCGCUACUCCACUAGCGGAAACGGAUCUUGAAAUCGAUACUUUGGUGAUAGGACUGGAUGCAACAAACUCAGAAUCCGGCAUUGGCUUCAUACACGAUGCGGUUGGUAUCGUUCGAGAAGUCGGUUCUGCUGUCGUUGAUUUUACCGUCGGGGACCGCGUUGUUGUUUGUGCGGCUCAGAAAUGUGCUUCCCGGAUUCAAACUCCUCAAGCGCUGGUAAAGCUCUUGCCCGAAUUCAUGACUACUACUACUGCAGUUGUCAUGCCUUCUGCCUUGGCUGCUGCCCAGGCCGCCUUGGUCGACCAUGCUCGUGUGAAAGCAGGGGACAGUGUAUUAAUUUGUGGGCGCCCUGAUGCGUACGAACACGCUCUGUUACAGCUUUCUCAAAGGCUUGGGGCCAAUGUAUAUGCAGUUGCUGAAAGCGAGCUACACAAGAAUCUUCUGAUCCACAACUCUGGUCUUCCAGCUAGCAACAUCUUAAGAUCUAUAGAGAGAGAGUCUGUCUUAUCCAUGUUUCGAAAGAGAACAGACGGCCAUGGAGUCGAUGUUAUUAUCACUACCCUGUCUGGAACAGUUGCUCGUCACUCGGCUUCCUACCUUGGCAAAUUUGGACGCUUCAUCAGUAUUGGGAGCUCGGAAGUUGCGCCACCAGCAAUAUUCCUCGCAAACAACGUGAGCAUCUCAAACAUAGAUCUAAUUGGACUUCGAUGUAGCACCCCUGUCAAACUGGGUCAAUACUUCACAGAGGGCUGGGAUCGCGUCCGCAAGGGCGAGAUUGGACAGAUUAUACCUCGUCGUGUUUACCCUGUAUCUGAGGCAUCAAAGGGCCUCGAAUACAUUCAUGGAGAAGGUUGUAUUGGUAGUGUAGCUCUCACAUUUGCUCCGGACGACGUCAUUUCUGUCGCUCCUUCUCAGUCAGCUCAGCUACAACUUGACCCUGAGGCAGUCUACAUUCUCUCUGGAGGACUAGGUGGGAUCGGACGAUCUAUCGCCGAAAUGAUGUUUGCAUCUGGUGCUGAAGACAUCCGGUUCAUUUCAAGAUCUGGUGGCCAGUCAUCUGAGGCCAAGCAUCUUCUACAAAGUCUUCGGAUCAGGGGUUGCAAAGCUGAAGCAUACAGUUGUGACAUUGCCGAGCAUGAUCAAGUAAGGAAAUUUGUCAAACAGUGUAUAGGUGAAGGUCUUCGUAUCAGAGGUUUGGUCCAGUGUGCUAUGGUACUCAGAGACUCUAUGUUCGACAAUAUGACCUAUGAACAGUGGUCGGAAUCGACGAGGCCAAAGAUCCAAGGUACUUUGAAUCUGCAUCUAUGCCUUCCCCAGGAUAUGGAUUUCUUCAUCAUUCUCAGUUCUAUGGCUGGCGUUAUCGGGAACCCCGGCCAGGCCAACUACUCAGCAGCUGGCACGUUUCAAGAUGCUUUGUCGAGGCAUCGUCGCUCAAAGGGUCUAGCAUCAACGACGAUUGAUUUGGGAGUCGUAUCAGACGUUGGUUACAUCGCAGAGAAUGUUGAGCAAUUCGAGCGACUAGAGUACCUCCAGAAUCUUUUUAUCUCCGAAAGAGAUCUGCACCUGAUCCUCUCCGCCGUCAUGCUUGGUCAUACCAGGGAUGGAGAGGAUGUGCCAGCACAGCUUAUCACCGGUGUUGGCAAAGAACUCCUCCAGGAUGGUAGCAUUGGGACCGCCAUGUCAAUCGAUCUCAAGUACAAACACUUGCACGCUGAGAGCGGUGAUGCAAGCAGUAAUACUAAUGAGGAUGCUGCAAUCAAGGAGAUGAUGACGAAGGCAUCUUCACUCCAAGACACUUGUAAGGUAGUUGAAGAUGUUAUCACAACACAACUUGCAAAAGCGCUAGCAGUCUCGAAAGACGAUGUUGACUUGGAAAAACCAAUGAAUGCAUACGGUGUUGAUUCUCUUGUGGCAGUCGAGAUCAGGAAUAUGGUUUUCCGCAAGUUCAGUGCCGAUAUCUCUGUUUUCGAUAUCCUAAGCACGAUGCCUUUGGUGAAAAUUGCUGUCAAGAUUGUGAGCAAGAGCAAGUUUGUUAGGGCUGAUAUCGCAGCUGCUGCUCAGGAAGAAUUGCUGGAUUAA